GAGGUCGUGAAAGAGAAUGUCUAUUCCGUUAGCGUAAGGGAGGUGGGUACCCCUUUGUACAUUAAGGUGAUGGCUCUGAUCACUGCGAUUCGCAGGGGUCCCAGGCAUCUGCCGUUGAUACCUCCAUCGUGGGCAAUCACAAUGAAGACGCGAGCACCAUCAUGAGCGAUGUUGUGGCCAACGACAUGCUGCACGUACUCGUUUCAUGCGGUGAACUCUUGACCACGAGGUCCUGUUAAGUUUCAGCGACGCUGUAGCAAGCAGGGUAUUAUUGGGAUGUGGUAGUGAAACGGUUACAGGCGCGGACGGUUUCGCAUUGCUCUAAUCCGUGGGCGCCAAUGCCGCCGGCGAAAGAAGCGGCGAUAACCAAAAUCAAUCAUUUGAGAUGUCCGGGUGCCACCUUAUUCGACACGACGUCGUACAUCCACUUGGCCGGUGCCGAGGCAAAAGCAAAUCCCAGGCCGAUCGCAGACAACGCAGUCGUUGAAGCGUUCGGAGCUGGAAAGUGCCCGCGUUUAGUACGUCUCCUGGCCGACGAAGACGUGCACGUGUUGAUUCAUACGUUGAAAUCGCUCACGGGGGUGCUGACAAACCCUCGCGACGUGGUGGCUUGUCUCAUCGAGGAAAACAACAUUUUGGAGCCCUUGUCAAAGUUGGUGUACCAUGCCAACGAGGAGGUCCAAAAAUUGUCUGCCGCAUGCCUCAACUUGAUAUCUAGCCAUGCGAACGGCCGCGCCGACCUCAUUGCACGCCGCACCAUGCGAAAGAUCGUGAAAGCGUUUGUGCGCACGGACGAGAUCGUAGCCCUACACUUGCUGGACACGGCGCUGCACGUGAGCACCCUUCUGUCGGGAGCUCAAGAAUUGACGCAAAACAAUUAUGUGGCCAUCAUCCUGGAGAAGCUGAAGCAAGAGCCGAUCUCUGACUCGAUUGCGUUGCGCACGCUUCGACUGCUGAAAGCAUUCGUGAACGACGCGAUGACCGGCACGGUCGUGCGCAUUGUCGAAGCCGGUGGCGUCGAAUUGGUGUCGCCAUUCGUGUUUGCAAAGUCCAAACCGAUCCAAGUGGCAGCGUUACAACUUAUCGGGGCCAUGAUGUACUUGGACCGGGGUCGGGACCGCGCGAUGGCCCAUGGCAUGGUCAAGCGACUAUGCAAAGUCCUGAUGGACAAAGAUCCGGCCGUGUGCAUCGCAAGCGCUGGGGCGUUAAUGGCGCUUACCAUCCACGAUGAUGCUAAGCGCGAAUUCCAAGAAGGUGGCGCCAUUCCAGGGUUGCUCCAGCUUUUGUAUCGACAAACGUUUGGUAUUCAGUUGAACGUGCUCAAACUGAUCGCGUCCAUUGCGUCAUACCCCCCCGCGCGCCAACUACUGCGGACACCACAAAUGGAGAAAGUCAUGCUUGCAUUGACGGACGACUCGAGCGACCUGCUUUCACGCUCCGCCAAGACUGCUUUGCACGCUGUACUGUGGAUGCCAUGAUGGUUGUGUCCAAGGGCGACGGAAGAAAAGGAUGGGGAUGCAUCUGGAAGGGUCUCAACGUUACUUGACUAAACACUCAAAUGUCUUGCACGCCUGUUUGAUCACUUUUGCAUCCACUGAACUACUUGUAUGCCCACAUUGAAUCGCACAUGACAUCGAUUCGGA